AUGGACGAUCACGAGCACGGCUGGAGCCUGUGCUUCUCGGGCUGCGGCUUCCUGUGCUCCUAUCACAUCGGGGUGACCCACUGCCUGCAAGAGCGCGCCCCGCAGCUCCUCUGCAACGCUCGCAUGAUCUUCGGGUCCUCGGCCGGGGCGCUGCACUGCGUCACCUUCCUCGCCGGCAUCCCGCUCGAACAGGUUUUGCAGAGCAUGGUAAACAUUGUCCGUUGUGCCAGAAACCGGAACAUUGGCAUCUUCCACCCGUCCUGCAACAUAAUCAGGCUCAUCCAAGAAUUCCUCCAAAGAUGGCUCCCAGCCAAUAUCCACAAGCUCAUCUCCGGCAAAGUGUGCAUCUCGCUCACCAGAGUGUCCGAUUGGCAGAACGUCCUGGUGUCCGAUUUUCAGUCCAAAGACGAAGUCGUGGACGCCUUAUUGUGUUCCUCCUUCAUCCCUUACUUCUUUGGCAUAAUCCCACCGACCUUCAGAGGUGUGCGAUAUGUAGAUGGAGGAAUGAGUAACAGUCUACCCUUCUUUGAUUCCAAAACAACCAUCACUGUGUCGCCUUUCUUUGGGGAAUACGACAUCUGCCCCAGGAAUAAGAACGUGAACUUCAUUUUUUUGGAUUAUAACCAGCUGAGUGUGCGCCUCUGCUCACAAAACAUUUUCCUGAUCAGCCACGCACUCUUAUCUCUGGACAUGAAGGUGCUUGGAGAGAUCUGCCUUCGAGGGUAUUUGGAUGCGGUCAGGUUCUUGGAAGAAAAGGGGAUCUGUGACAGGCUCCAUCCAUGCCCGGACCGUUCCUCAAGAGAGCCGGAUGUCUCGCAUUUCACCUGGGAAAACCACGAGCUGGAGGCUUCCGAAGGGGAGGCUGCCCGGCAGACGAGGCCUGUGGGAGAUGAGCUGCUGGACCACCUGCGUCUCAACCUCCUGCCCUGGGACGAGAGCAUCCUGGAGAUUCUGUCGCCCAGCCUCAUUACAGCACUGAGAACGGCAGGUAAAAGCCAAAGUGGCUAUAUGACCAAGAUUUGCGACUUCAUGCCGGUGAAGGUCAUGUCUUACUUGAUGCUGCCUUUCACGCUGCCCGUGGAGUCCGCGGUCUUUGGGGUCCGGCGACUGGUGAUGUGGCUCCCUGACAUUCCUGAUGACAUCCGGUGGCUGCAGUCCUUAGGCUCCCAGCUGUGUUCUCGAGUGGUGACGCGUCUGCUCCCCACUUCUAGGUAUAUGGUUUGCGUGGGUCCGAUGGGCAUUCCCUUCCUCUGA